AUGGCAAAUCCCAUCAACCAAAAUGUAUUCACUCCUAUCUUUAAUGGUGAAAAUUUUGAUUUUUGGUAUGUGAAAAUGAGAACUAUUUUUGUCUAUACGGAGCUUUGGGAUCUUGUUGAGAAUGGGUUCGAGGAACCUGAAGAUGAAGAAGCUUUGACAAAUCCCCAAAAGAACCAAUUAAAAGAGCAAAGGAAGAAGGAUUCAAAGGCUCUCUCUUUUAUUCAACAAGAAGUUUCAGAAGCAAUCUUUUCAAGAAUUAUCAAUGCAACAAAAGCGAAGGAGGCAUGGGAUAUUCUUCAGAAAGAGUAUAGAGGCAACUUGAAGGUAAGAACCAUCAAACUUCAGUCAUUGAAAAGAGAUUUUGAAAAUUUAAAGAUGAAGGAUAUGGAAUUGUUGAAGGAUUAUUUUUCUAGGGUUAUGGAACUUAAAUACAAUCCCAUUGUUGCUGUCAUUGAAGAAACUAAAGAUCUUGCUGAGUUGAGUAUUGAAGAAUUGAUGGGUUCAAUUAAAACAUUUGAGCAAAGGUUGAGUAGGCAAUCUGAAAAGUCAAUUGAAAGUGCCUUUCAAUCCAAGCUCAAUGUUAGUACCUCUAAUUCCCAAGGAAGAGGAAGAGGAGCAGGAAGAAAUGCAACCGGAAGAGUAAAGAGGAAGAGGAAGGUCUAA